GUGUUCAAGCUAUUGUUUAAGGAAUUAUCUUUCUCUAUAAAUACAAGCAUGUUUGUCCCUGUUGGCAUCACUUGAGACCAGAUCUCCUGCAGCCAUGCUUUGUUUCAGACCCUGCACCGCACUGUUGCUUGCAACAGCUUGUCUGUUCUUGUCUCCAGCUGUUUCUGCAGAGAGAGCAACCUCCUGUGACAGUGGCAACUCUGUCCAUCGCCUGAGCUGUGACAUUGGAGUGAUCAGCGUGCAGGAGUCGCUGUAUGGAAGUGAAGACAGCUAUCAAGGAGUGAUGAGGAAACAAAAGCUUGGGUGUGAUGGCAAGAAGGUGUGUGAGUUGAUAACCGCAAGUGAUAUCCGCAUCUUGGACCCCUGCCCAGGAAUCUUGAAAUACGUGGACACCAACUACACCUGCCUCCCAGCACUAACUCAUGUUGCGUGUCAGCAAUCCCUGGCACGCUUGCACUGUGACCAGGGCCAGGUUAUCGUUGUCUACGGAGCAGACUACGGUCGUCGGGACAGGACCACCUGCAUUAACGGAAGACCUGAUUCCCAGUUGCAAAAUGUGUCCUGCUCAAAACCCACAAACAUCGUGGCAACCAGGUGUAAUGGGAAAAACACCUGUGAUAUCAGAGCUCUCAACUCGGUGUUUGGAGACCCCUGCCCUGACAUAUACAAGUACCUGGAGGUGGCUUACCGCUGCAAGUAUCCUUCUGUCACUGAUUCAUAAGAUUCAACAGAGCUUUGAUGAGG